AAGACCGGCAUUGUCUUGCCGACUGCAACCGGAUCUCGCAAGCCGCGGGGCGUGCCGCUUUGCAAGUCUGAUUCACAAGUUUGCAAUACACACGAUGCAAACAAUGCGCAGACUCCCUCGGCCGUUGUGACCCGUCUCACGUGAGUGCAGCGCUUGGAAGCGACAUCACAUGGUGAAGCGGACCCUGGACGCUUGUGAUCUUCAGCAAACGCACCCGAACUGAGCAAGGCGCUGACAGACAGUUGCGCUUCAUUUAACAAGUCUUGCUGCAAAGUGCACGCGAAUAAAGACUGGCAGCUGUACUUGCGUUUAAAAUAAAUAAAAAGAAAAAAGCAUGCAAGCUGACACCGCGUCUGUUUUUGCGGGUCACAUGAUCUCCAGGAGGAAGUGUGUUUUUGCUGGUGGUGCGCGCACUCACUCAGGCAGUGUGCUGUAUUUUGGGAACAUCGUUUGAGGUGUACAGUACAGCUUAAUGCAUUGAAACAGUGGCGGCGAGGGGGAGCGAUCCGAAGCUAUUAUAUUAUUAAACAGAGAAGAUGGCUACCAUUGGUGAUAAGCAUUGCGAUCACCACGACAGAAGUACAGAUUCAGAAAAGGAUCGUUUGCUGACCUCCGUCGCCGGCUAUGGAACCAACAACCUCAGCGGCAGCGCGGGUGACCCCCCGGUGACCUUAGGAUGUGGUUCAUCGCAGGAGGAAGAGGAAGCACUGCGCAGGAAACUCAAGUAUUUCUUCAUGAGCCCCUGUGACAAGUACCACGCAAAGGGACGUAAACCGUUCAAACUGGUGCUGCAGUUUCUGAAGAUUGUCAUCGUCACCGUGCAGCUGGUGCUGUUUGGACUCAGUAAUCAGAUGGUGGUCAUGUUCAAAGAGGAGAACACCGUGUCCUUCAAACACCUCUUCCUGAAGGACUACUCCGACGGAGGGGACGACACCUACGCAGUGUACACCCAGGGAGACCUCUACGAGAGCAUCUUCUACACUGUGGACCAGUACCUCGCUCUCUCUGAUUCCACUGUGGGACGCUACGCCUACGUCUGGGGGCAAAAGGCCAACGAGAGCGCCCUCUACCUGUGCCAGCAGUACUACAAGAAAGGGCACAUCGACCCUGCGAACGAUACCUUCAAUAUCGACCCCACUGUUGUCACGAGUUGUGUUGGAGUCAAUCCCCUGGCGUCCCCCAACGAAUUCAGAGGCGGCUACAAGAACUUUACUCUCAAGUUCCACAAGCUCAUAAAUGUGACGAUUGGGUUUAAACUGAAAGCGAUCAACAUCCAGACCAUCAUUAACAACGAGAUCCCAGACUGUUACACGUUCACCAUCACGGUAUUGUUCGACAAUAAAGCUCACAGCGGAAGGGUUAAGAUCAGCCUGAUCAACCAAGCCUCGAUCGAAGAGUGUAAAGACCCCAACGUGUCCGGCCACGCGGAGAACUACUCACGGCUGGCGUUUGACGUGUUCGUGGUGAUUGUCUGUGUGCUCUCCCUCGUGCUGUGCGGCCGCUCCAUCGUCCGAGGACUGAUGCUGCAAUAUGAGUUCGUUCAGUACUUCCAGGUCCACUUUGGCCGGACGAUCAGCUGGACUGACCGCAUGGAGUUCGUCAACGGCUGGUACAUCCUGCUGGUCAUCAGCGAUGUCCUGACCAUCACUGGCAGCUUCAUUAAGAUGGGCAUCGAGUCCAAGGACCUGGCCUCCUAUGACGAGUGCAGUAUACUGCUGGGCACCUCCACCCUGCUGGUCUGGGUGGGAGUCAUCCGAUACCUCAGCUUCUUCCAGAAAUACAAUGUCCUGAUCGUGACGCUGAGAGCUGCCUUCCCCAAUGUGAUCCGGUUCUGCUGCUGCGUGGCUUUCAUCUACCUGGGAUACUGCUUCUGUGGCUGGAUCGUGCUGGGACCCUACCACGUCAAGUUCCGCUCCCUGUCCAUGGUCUCGGAGUGCCUCUUCUCCCUGAUCAACGGGGACGACAUGUUUGUCACCUUCUCGGAGAUGCAGCAGAACAACUUCCUGGUGUGGCUCUUCAGCCAGGUGUACCUGUACACCUUCAUCAGCCUCUUCAUCUACAUGGUGCUCAGCCUCUUCAUCGCCCUCAUCACCGGAGCCUAUGAGACCAUCAAGCACCAGACAAUGGAGUCUAUGCACAUCACAGAGCUCCAUUCCUUCAUAGCGUCGUGUAAGGACACCCCAAACUCGGGCAAGUUUCGGGGUAUCGAGACCUCCGCCUGCUCCAUAUUCUGCUGCUGUGACCGAACCACAACCUACGAAGACGCCUUACUGAUAAACUGACAGACAUGCCCGGAGCUCCCUCAAGUGGAUAGUGGGAGGUACUACAGGAACAACGGAGGAGGCGAGGCCACUGGCUGCACCAUUGAUUGACAGUGGCGUGAAGGGACGAUAGGGGGCUCGGGUUACCCAAACCUGUUCGCUCUCUGAUUGGCCGAACAGGUUUUUGGAAUCCCAUGUGUAGUUUACAGCCCCUCUAUUUGGAGUCUGGAACUUCCAGCGAUCUAAUUCCAGGCUGGUCAAUACUAGUUAAAUCCAGAGACAAGUGUGCUGCAAAAUCCGUACCUCAGUUUUAAUUUGAUUUCCAGGAAAAUGCUUAUCUUUUCUGUAAAAAGGAGAAGCUGAACAUUGCCAGACAGCCUCCUGCCAUCGUAAUCAGUGCCCGCUGUGCAAAACUUGAUGCAGACCAGGACCAAAUUCAGUGCCAGACAAAAACAGCAUGCUUGCGCCAACAUGUGCCAAGUACUGCACCAAACAAAGAAAUCUGUCUAAGAAUCAAAGAGAAACAGUAAGAAAUAACAAACCGGGAAAGCAAUAUUGGCUUGAAAAGUUUUUAAAAAAGCUUGGGCUGCUGUAAUUUUCCAGGUUUUAUAGUGUCAUCGUGGAAACAUUCCCCUGCUACAAUACAGCCGAGCUCUGCUGUGUAAAAAAAAACACAGGAGAUCUUCACAAAAAAAAAAAAGCAACAUUCCUAACUGAAUCAUGCUGCCCCUCACGCAGUGCUUUCCUGUUUGGUAUUAGUUUAGACUCAGGCGGUAACGACUCAUUAAAACUAUAAUAAUUGUCAUUAUAUACAAUGUGACAGUCUGCACUGCGUUCAUUUUUAAAACUACAGAGUUGUGUCGUUAUACAGCAUGCAUACGUGUUUGUUUUGCUUGCAGACAGUAAAGCUAGAGCUACCAGUUUAAAAGGGGUUACAUUUUCCGUAAUUACAGUAUCCUGUCUUGUCCGGUCCGUUUGGUGAUGCUGAAAUUCAUUCUUGUGGUAGGACCUCCUCCCUCCUUCAUUUCUGAAGGACAGACGCACAAUGCUAGAGAUGUUUCACUGUUGUAUAAAUGCACUUUAUAGCACUGGGACACUGCACAGCAGCUAGAGUGAGAUUCAGGUAAUCCCACAGAGGCUGUGAAUGGUGUUGCUGAGCCAGUACAGCUGCUACCUUGUUUAAUACAGUUCAAGUAUACCGGAUUCCUGGGUGUUGAAGUAUUCUGGCACGGAGCUGCCAAACUGCUGGAAACUGAAGAGGCUGACAUCUCUGCUGUCACAGUUUUAAAUCUCCUUCCUUUUAUUUAUUUUACAUUGUAUUAGCUUUCAUUGUGGAGGAUUAUUUUUCCUCGCCUCCUCCUUCAAUUUGUUCACUUUGAAGAUACUGUGGAGUUUCUGUCUCUUCCAUGUUGGUCCGCACCUUUUUAGUGUCUCCUAACCAGGCAUUAUUGGGGUGGGGAGGGGGCUGUAAUACUUGGGGACCAACAUGGGGAGCUGCCACUGUGUAGCUUUGCAUCUUCGGAGAUUUCAAAGUCAGCAAGUUGACAGUGAAAGAGAAAGGCAGAUCUGUUUUUUUUUUACUUUGUCUCCUUGAAGUUAUUGUCGCUAACAAAAGAAAACACAACGAAUUUUCCCUGCCGUACGCAUCUCCUCAAUAUACAGAUCUCCAUGGAAAACACAGUCUAAGCAAACAUUGUUUCUGGAACUACACUAAGUUCUCUGUUUGUAAGCCGUGCUUUCGGUUUGUGUCGCGCUUCCUUUUGUCAUUUUGGAGAGGGAAACUGUCCCCCCGACCCCUUCCGAGCUGUCUUUCCAGUCUGUAACCAACCAGCUGCUUCCCCUAAUGACUGGCACGCUUUGCAGCCAAUAAGAUGCUUCUGAAGUAAAGCAGGAAGAGGCUUCUUGGAAGUCAAGCCAAGCAAACUGAAAUCAACGUUUUUCUUCCCUGUACACAAAAGAUUUACAGGAUUAACAAAAUCAUUUAUUUCAGGGGCUCCAAAAUAAUUCACACCAACGGGAAAUUCAUGUUAAGUGAAUUUGUAUUGUAAGAAGUCAUUUAUAACAAGCGACUGCUGAAUGUGACUGGGACCAUGUAGAAGAUUCAUAGUAUCAGGAACUGCGGCUAAUCCAAGUCCAUGUUUAUUAUGAAGGGACUGUAUUUUAUUAACUACAAUCAUUGUAAGUGCUUUUAGGCUCAACUGUGCCAGUGUGCAUUGAUGCUAAGGGUGCUUCGUACCUCUUAGACACACUGCGCUGACGAUUUUUAUUUAUUUAUUUUUUUUAUUUUUUAUUUUUUAACUCCUUUUAAUCAAAGCUUUGUGAAAUUCUCACAUCUAGUGUGAAAACAGAAGCAAAAAGUGAGAAGGGACUUGGGUACAAAUAAUGAAGCCUCCUUCAGUUUUAUUUAUUUAGUUUUUUGGUUUUAAUUACACUAGUGCCUGUGAUGAUGUUGUUCAUAGUCUGUGAUGCCACAUGGUUUGAUGAAUACCUCCCUGUUUUAAGUUGCACUGAGAGCGCAGUUCACUGUUGGUAUAGAUCACAGAGUCAGGCAGGGGGCGCUGUUGUUAAUGUAAAUGAUGUCUAUUUCAUUGUCCUGAAGAUGUAUUUUUUGUUUUAUUUGUUUUAAAUAAUAAAUAUAUAGUAAAGAUAAGUCUCUCUCCCUCUCUUGUGUCUGUGUAUGUUUUAACUGGUUUCUUUGUACCUGAAGUUGUAAAGGAACAAAAAGGAAAGUUUAAAAUGUGCAUAAAUUGAUUUUUCAAAAUACAUUUUUUUUUUAUAUAGCUUUGAAAAUAAAUCACGUUAUCCCUUAUAAACGUUUACCACACUAUUUUUGCAGUUUUACCAUACAUUUCCCAUGGUUAUAGAAUGCAUUUACCAUAGUGUUCCGUGUUUUAAUAUGAUUUAACAUACCUCUCUGUGCUUCACAAUGCUUUACUGUGCUUUCACUGUGCUUUAUUACACUUUGCUAUGAUUUUACUGUGGGGGAACCCUUUAUAGAGGAAGUAGAUUUUUAAACUUCUCUUUUCUAUCUUGUCUACAGUAUGUGUGUGUUUAGAGUUAUAGAACUAUUUUUCUGUUCAGUGCUGCUAAGUGAGUAUUUUUUAAUACUGCAAUCUGCACUCAGUCCUAGAUCUUUAUCAGCAGACAUGGACUCAGCAGUAAGAUUUGGACCUGUCGGUACAUUGUGAAUCCUGUUGUGUGCAAAAAUAAGAAAGUUGGCAUCAUUUUAUUUGUGGAUCACAUAUAUCCCUUGUGCCUUAAGCUGUAAUGACGGUCCACAUCCAGCGGGUGGCACUGUUUUCCUUGGUGGGGAGACUGCUGCUGUACCCUUGAGCAAGGUACUUCACCUAGAUUGCUCCAGUAAAAACCCAACUGUAUAAAUGGGUAAUUGUAUGUAAAAAUAAUGCGAUAUCUUGUAACAAUUGCUGACUUACCGGAAAGCUAAGCAGAGACGUGCAGUGCUCUGAAUUUUCAUAAGAUAUUGAUCAUCGCAGUCAUAUAUUCCGGAAUCAAUAAAAUAAAGAGGGAGACAGUAGGAUUAUUGGCAGCUGAGGAAGGAAUCUGUUCUGUGUGAGUUACCUGCGCAGUACUAUAUUCAGAGUUGUGGCUCCAGUUGAUGUCACAGCUGCUUUUACACAAUAAAAGUUUAUUUAGAA